UUAGGAAAUAACUCUUCUUGCUUUGCCAAAACUGCCAUUUUAUGCAACACAGAACACAGAUUAAGUUGACCCCCACUCAGUUAAGUGACAUCUUGAUAACCGCCGCAGAACCGUUUAACACCAGGGUAUCAAUCAGUCUGUCAACCCGGACUUUCCCUGAUAACCCCGGGUUAAAUCUGAGUUGGUUCAACUGCCUUAGUGCAGCCUGAGCCCUCAGCUCACCUCCAUAUGCGGUGAGUCUUUGCUGACAACCUGUCUGCUCUACUUGAAGUCCCGCCUUCUGUAAUACGUAUUGUAAAACCCACCAAUCACAACGAAGGUCUGUAACAUCUUGAACACCGAGGAGCGCUGUCCCUCUCUGCCGCUGGCUCUGCUUCAGUCGGAUAUCUCGCACCUCUCCGUCUUUGGCUGGAUAGAACUUCCUGGUUCUCCCUGCUGGGAGUGGCCGCUGGACGUUAACACCGUGGGACUUUCCGUAGUUUACCGCUCGGUUCGGAUUCAGGGCCGGAGUCCAAAGCGGACAGGACACUUUGGGGCAAUGAGGAGAACUUAUUCCUGGAGGUUAGUUAAGUUACUCACCGUUUCAGCUGUGCUCGUUCUGUCCGCUCUCGUCUUAGUGGGUAAACAUCCGCCAAAGCCCAGCCCCCUCCCCGUGGAGGACUACAGGCUCAUUUCUCCUCAGACAUACCAUUAUAUUCUCAACCAGCCUGCUGUCUGCCAGGACACAAGCCCCUUCCUGGUUUUUAUGGUCCCUGUUGCUCCCGUUGAGUCUGCAGCAAGGGAGGCCAUCAGGAAAACAUGGGGGGCUCCAAGUCAGGACACCCUCACUCUGUUCUAUGUGGGGCUCCCAGAGGGGGGCCAGGUGUCCGGCGUCCAGGACAAGCUGGUGGAGGAGAGCAGGAGACAUGCAGACAUUGUCCAGAUGGACUUUGAGGACAGUUACCAAAACCUGACUCUCAAGACCUUGAUGAUGAUGAACUGGCUGGCGACCCACUGUCCAAACGCCUCCUACGCCAUGAAGGUGGAUGCUGACAUCUUUGUAAAUGUGUUCUACCUCCGAAGACAACUGAGGAGCUCCCCCCGGCAGGGCUUCAUCACGGGGUCCGUAAUAAGGGACGGCAGCCCGAGGAGGGAGAGUAACAGCAAAUGGCACUUGUCAGAGGAGCAGUACCCCGAGGACACCUUCCCCCCGUAUGUGUCCGGAGCAGGGUACGUCUUCUCUGCAGACUUGGCCGCCAGGAUCUCCUGGGCGUCCAGUUUUGUCCGGGCGAUCCCCCUGGAGGACGUCUACGUGGGGCUGUGUCUGCGUGUGCUGGGCAUCCGACCGGUGUACUCCUACAGCCUGCUGACCCUCAGGAAUCUGUUUGAAAUCAGAAACUUGGAGUACAACAGGUGCACUUUUGCCAAACUGAUCAUCGUCAACCAGUUUAAACCGUCACAGCUGAUGGACAUUUGGCAAGACUUCUCCAAAGGCCAUACCACCUGUUGAGAGCUAACAGCUCAGGUUUAGAACAACAGGUUCUAAAGGAAAGAAAGCCGUUAGGCACACAGCUCUAGGGGUGGGGGGUUGUAGUUGUGUUUGCAAACAUAUCUAUUAAUUGUCAGGGAAUUUAAUUAUCUUUAAUUUUAUAUCUAUUAAUUAUCAGGGAAUUUAACAAAUGGGUCACUACAGUACACUACAUAAAAAAGAAUGUAGCCCUUUAGUCAAUUAGACUAAUCAGCUAAAAUUUUAAUUUUAAUUUUAAUUGACAAGAAUGACAAGACCAUUUUCACAGAGGACAUUUUGACAGAAAAGCACAGGUGUGAUUAAAAAACCGGAAUGAAUUCCAUUUAGCUGCUUCAGUUUCAGGGUCCUGGUGUGCUGUUUCGCUGUAUAGAACAGAGCUAGUGUUAUUAGUGACACGUGUCAAGAAAAAACACAUUUCUGCUACACAAAUUAGAUUUUUUCUCUCUAAUUAUUCUAAUCAUUUUUCUUUAAAAAAAUAAAAAUAAAUACUGGUAACUCUUGAAUCACAAAUUGUAGACAUAUGCAACCUGUUACAGCCUUGUUUUUAAGGCUCACAAGCCAAAAAUGUCAGGAAUCAAGUCCGUCCUCAAGACUGUUGGUUGGAUAAAACAUGCGAGUCGGAGGCAGCCAUAGGCUCUGGCUAAUUGUAGGCAUUAAAGCCACAGUAGGUUUUUUCUUCACCCAAUUUCAUCAAAAAUAAAUACGUUUCUUUACACAUUUUUUUUGAAAAGCUGCUGUAAAAUCAGGAAUUUUAUGCCACAACAAUCCUAUAGGGACUGACAUAAACAUAAGUCACAAAGUGCUUUACAGAGACAAUAUACAGCAAUCAAGAAGGGAGGCAAAGUACAUAAUGAAAUAAAAACGCAAUAAAAAUACACAAUAAAUCCAUAAAGUGCAGACAUGGUGCAUACAGGUUACCCAAACACCUGUCUAAGCAGGUAAUUCCAAGGUGACAUGCUGCUUGUUUUGUGUGACCAGCAGUCCAGAACCCAAAUAUAUUCAGAUUACAAUCAUAACAGUAACACCAAAGACCACAUGGCCUCUUUGUCUAUUCUGUGGUGUUAUAUUGUCUGUGCUAUAGAAAUGAAGUUGUCAUUACUUACAUGAGACAACACAGAGAAACAGGAAGUGGCAUUUUUGAUUAAAAGAAGCUGUCAGUUGCAGCCUUUAAAGAAUGUAUCUGUUCAGGAAGCAAUGCGCAUUUAGAUAUUUAUUGCAGGCCGUCGAAGUGCUUAAACUUCUCUAUCCAAAGUGCUGGAACCGCCUUAACUGCUGUAACUCUGUUCUACAGGUAGCUACAUGACAUAAUGUACUCUCAGAAUCUGCAGUUUACACCAAAGACUAUUUGAAAAUAUAUCAGUUUUACUACCAUUGCACUUAUUCUUCAGUUAGUGCCUGAUGGGUUUGUGGUGCACAUGUGCAGGAAGUUACAUGGAACCACAUUACCCAGCAUUUAGUUUAAAUAUGAUGAUCUAUUUGCUCUAUUGCACUGCUACUAUAUGCUACACAGAGCUUUGCAUAAUGUAGACCUGUAGAAUAACCUGCAGCUUAUUGGUUAAGUUAGUGUGCCUCUUUAUCUACUUUGUAGUUUUCAAUUCAGUUAAACUCAAAGUGGCUUUAUUUGAAACAGAUGUUUACAUUGUCAAAGAAAGUGUAAAAUAUAUGUAUAUACAGAUUAGUAGAAAAACACUAUAAUAAUGAAUCAUAAUAACUAGCUGCAGUAGGUAACUUAUAAAAAAAAUAACCUUUUGUCAUAUUUACUGAAACUUUCACUAUAUCCUGACAGUAAUACAUGAAACAGAUCAUCUGUAAAAAAAAAAAAAAUCAGGUUCCUC